CUCAAACACCCAGCAUUACAUCAUCACAACCGCUACCAUGGAAUCUCUAAACCGCUACAUCCCCUACGCCCACAUGAUCGCAACGGUCUUUGGCCUUAUCGAGCUCGGUCUAACAUGUUACCUCGUAUCACCCUGGUGGCGAGCCCCCGGCAUCUACGCCUUCAUGCUCUUCAGCUCCGUCUGGACUUUGUUGGUUCUCAUCUACAUUGCCCUCUUCCCGCCUUACUUCCCCAAGACGUUCCAGCGCACCAUCGCCCUCGCGCUGGAGUGGAUCACCAUGAUCUUCUGGUUCGCCGGCUCGAUCGCUCUCGCCGUUUAUUUCGGGUCUCCGAGCUGCGGUGCCGACACAUUCUGCGGAUGUGUCGAGGCCGCUACUGCCUUCGGCUUCCUUCUCUGGGUUACCUUUUUGUUCAUCGUUAUUGUCGAUACCAUGGCUACGCUCAAGGGUAGGGCAAGGGGUCAGAGGGCCAAGCCUGUUGUCGGAGUUUAGGGUGGCGGAUUGAAACACAGAGAAUUUGAUCCCUGGAUCGGACUCCAACAAGGAGUGGAUGGAGGAAUGCAUGUCGGCAUUGAUCUCAGCUGUUGCUGGCUGCAUCGCUGCUUGGGAACUGGCUUCCACAAGCGGCAGGGGAAGAUGAUUUUAAUGCUAGUGGAAAACGGGACACGCAGCGGGAUGCAUGGCAUGCAGGAAUGCAGGAAUGCGGAAUAACAGAAAGAGUUGUACGGCAAUGAAGAGGUUAGAUAGUUUGCAUCGGGACAGGCGCAUCAUUGCGAAACAUCGCGGACAGCAUAGCAUAGAAUACCCUUUUCCUUUUACCUAGGCUAGAGCAUUUAUAUUUGCAUCUA